AUGGUCGAGGGCUUCCUCUAUGAAGUCCCUGAAGAGUAUAUAAACAUGCCUUUUCUCAAGAGAAGAGUGGUGUACAUGAAGGACAAGAUCAAGGACAAUCCCAACCUUCAGGAUUGUGUUUUCCACAUUGUCUUCGAUGGCUAUAACGCCCCUGUUACUGCCGGGAACUUUGUGGACUUGGCGGAGCGCAAUUUCUACAAUGGCAUGGAGAUCCAGAAAUCUGAUGGGUUUGUGGUACAAACGAGAGAUCCAGACGGUCAUGCGGAAGGAUUUAUAGAUCCAACCACAGAGAAAGUAAGGACGGUUCCUCUUGAGAUUAUGGGGUUUGAGAAUGACUCAGAAUCGAGCCAAGUGUUUUGGCUGCUGAAAGAGCGUGAGCUGACGCCAAGCAAUUCUAACACCUUGGACGGUCGUUACGAUGUCUUCGGCGGCUACGUUACUCAAAAUGAAGAUUUUCUGGCUGAUCUUAAAGUCGAUGAUGUCACUGAGUUCAUUCAAGUUGUCUCCGGUUGA